AUGUCGCGCUCCGAAACCUGGAAACAGCUCGUCAAGCUCCACGCGCAAUAUGGACCCAUCCUCACGAUCAAACUCGGCACGCGCACCGUCAUCCUUUUGCAAACCCGCGCCGCGGUGCGCGACCUCCUUGAGAAAAAGGUGAAAAUCUACAGCAGCCGUCCGCGCCUGAUCACGACCGCCGAGCACGUAGCUCGAUCGCUCUUCCCGAUUCUCAUGCCGUAUAAUGAGUACUGGCGCGAGCUGCAUGCUAUUCGGGGGGCUGUGCUGAACCAGCGCGUUGCAGCUACCACGACCGGAAAGCUUCUCACCACUAGCAUCUCCGACGCGCAGGCGUCCGAUUUCGUUGCUGUUACUGUUGUGCCCCCACUUAUGCUUGUGCACAAGCCCACUGAUUUGGCUAGUGCUUCUGAGAACGAGGAGGAGGACGCUGUUUUCACGGGCGCCGCGGCGAAGAUUACCUUUGGUGGUGGGAGUCAUUGGGGGAGUGUUGUUGGUGUUGCUAGGGUGUUGGUUGCUUCAAUGCUUGCGGGAGGUAUGCUUGUUCUCGCUUAUGAGGUCGGUAACUAUUACAAGUUAUCUGUGGUGGUUGACUGGGCGUGUUACUCUCCGGUGAAAGGUGCUCGAUGUUUGCUAUAUUGGAGCUUGCUUGUAUAG